AUGCUAUCCGAUUCGCCUUUAUGUUAUCGUUUCAUCUUUGCUCAAGGAAAUAGCAUCUACUUUGCAAGCUUAAAAGAUUGUAACAUGAAAGUUUAUAGACCAUUGUUGAAUCUUGUAGAAAAAAAGUCAUCAAAGCCUCUUGAUUUCCCUCUUAGUUCAUUAUUUACCUGCUAUAAUUUAAGACGAAAGCCGUGA